CAGCAGUGCAGCUACAAAGAACAGACCAUAAUUUUCCUUCAAGUUACGCAUCUGGAACUCGCUGUUUUGAACGCGUGCUCUUCGUAUAGGUUAGGGAUGGCGGCUACCGUAGUGAGAGUCUUGUUAUUCUGGUACUAGCAACAUUGUUGUUCUCGAGUAAUGAUAAUUAUCUCGUGACUAGUUUACAAUGUUCAAAUUCUUGAGGGCACAUACUAUUUCGCUGCAAAAUGCUCGCAUCAUGUCAAUACGAUCCACCACACAUUGUUCAAUGAGAAUCUGUUCGUUUUGUAACUAUUGCCACUUUACAUCACCUAAGCUGAUCAAGAAUAUAGUAUUUCGCCGUUAUGCAACAAUGAAUACGGCUGAACUGUACACACCAUUAAGAAAGAAGACUAAACGUUCUAAGAAAUAUGCAGAAUUAUUAGAAGUAACAGAUCAAACAAUCGGUAACAAAAAAACAACUGUACAGAAGUUAAACGCUGCUCAUAUAUCUAUAUUGGUUGGACAGCGAAAUACUACACUAGACAAGCUACAUAAAAUUGGUAGUUCUCAUCUUAAUAAAAAAACACAUACAACACAAGCAACGGAGACCAGCACUAAUUUAAAAAAUAACUCGGUAUAUAGUAAAGAUAAGCUGGAUGAUGUGCAUCAUAUAAUAUUAGAAGAAUCUAAAAACAACUUGGAAGAUAAAACCAUGAUUUUAGGGGAACUAGAAGAAUCUGGCAUAAGUGAUAGCGCAACUUUGAUUAAGAACACUACUUUUAUAAACACAUUGCAUGAAGUAAAAAGUGAAGAAGAAAAUCAGGAUGAUUUCAUCAACAGCAAGUUACCAAAAACUUCAAAGAGUCGGAAAACUUCAGAGUUUAGUAAGAUUCCUUUUACAAAAGAGAAAGAUUUAUUUGAAACGUGUCCUUCUGAUCAUAACUUGAUAUCACAACUACUGGCACACAUAGAUGUUUAUAAUCAUAAUGGAAUGUUAAACAAAGGCUUUAAAUUAUUAAUGUUGAAGAGAAGUCGACUCAGUGCAACCAAGAUUCCCACUACUGCAGUCUACAAUCUACUUAUAAAAGCUUAUGCUUCCAAGUUGCAUCUGGGAAGGGUUUCAGAGAUCUAUAAUUUGAUGAAUGAAAAUCAUGUACAAUUGGACGCGGAGACGUUUGCACUUAUGUUUCAAAUGAUAGGAAACAUGAAGUCCCAGACAAAACAGGCAGAGAUGAUAACGAAAGUAGUUGAAGAUAUGAAUCAGCAUGGUGUCUUUUUUGAUGACGUACUAAACAUUUCGCAAAUGAAAGGAACGCAACGUGAAGCCAUUUACAAAUGUGUCUGUUUGGCAUCUCCGGAACACAAUGCGUCAUAUCCAGAUUUUGAACGCCCAUAUAACUGUAAAUUAUUGCAGAAUCUAAAAUUGGACAACUAUCACAGCCCAGCCAAGGGAGUUGUAACCUUGGAUGAACUGCGACAAAUGAUCCAAACGCAGAUUAACACAGAGAUGCAGCAAGAACUCGAAGUGAAGAAUAUCGAUAGAUUUACAGGAGAUGUCAAUAUUAGGCUGCAGGCAAUCGAACGAAUCGCGGAAUGGGAAAAGUCCUGGAAGUUAUCUGUGACAGAGGCUUUUGAAAAAAAUCUGUUCUACUUGAAACAAAAGGAAAUGAGAGAGCAACCCGAAUUAUCUACGCUUUAUCCAUUUCUGCAAGUGUUGUCGCAGGAAGAAUAUGUUGAUGCAAUCUUACGCGAGAUCAAACGCUUGGCCAGAUCCUCCGACGCUUAUAGCUUCUCUCUAACGUUUGUUUAUUUAAUAUUAGGAAAAUACAUUUACAAAAAGUACGAGUUUCACAAGAAAAAGGAAGCUAAAGUCACGGACAACAUCAUUCAAGUCUAUAAUAAGUAUUUGGAGUGGUAUAUACAGCAAAAACCUACCGACGUUGGCAUUAACGGACGUAUCAAGUGGCAACAGCUCGCUCAGGAGGUCAUGAAAGCUGGUCUUUGCCCUGAUAUAACAGUCCCGGAAUGGCCACGUCACAUUCUAGUAAACAUCGGCAAAUUCUUAUACAGUAUCAUCGUGAACGACGUGAAGAUUCCAUACGGGAUAAAACCAGGUGCACCUGAGCGAUUGAUACCUGCGUUUUACUUGCUCUUCAGAAAUCAGCAUGCGUACUUAACGGAGGAGAUCAAACCACAUCCUCAUUUACACAGAACUUUCAGCGAAUCUCACCCUGAAACGUUGACCUUCGAAACGGUACUAUUGCCGACUUACAUUCCACCACGUCCUUGGAUCAACACGAAUAUUGGAGGUUUUCUGUUUUCGAAAACCGAUUUUAUUCGUGACCCUUAUGUGGGAAUGAGUUCGAUGUACUUCAUUAAAAACACGCCAACGGAGCAGCUUUACCCAGCGUUGGAUUGUCUGAAUCAACUCGGCUCGAUACCGUGGAGAAUUAAUCAGCCUGUUUUGGAUAUCUUGAUUCAGAUUUUUAGAGAAGGUGGCUCAGAAGAGCUGAAUGUACCUCAAUCACCGUUGUCGUUUCCGUUUCUGUCUGAAUGGAUGAAAGAAUUAGCAGAAAAGGAGAAGAGUAGGAGUAAAAUAUCGACGUUAGCGAUACAGCAUAGACGCAAGAAAAACGAGAUGUAUUCGCUGUGGUGCGACUGCCUAUAUAAAUUAUCCCUCGCUAAUCACUUUAGAGAUCAAGUAUUCUGGUUGCCGCAUAAUCUGGACUUUAGAGGUAGAGCAUACCCAGUGGCACCUCAUCUGACCCACCUCACUUCGGAUCUAGGACGUUCAUUUCUCGUAUUUGCGCAAAAGAAGCCUCUAGGUCCGAAGGGUUUGGAUUGGUUGAAAAUUCACGCGAUAAAUUUGACUGGUAUGAAGAAACGAGAACCGAUGAAGAAGCGGCUGGAAUUCGCGAACGAGAUACUGGAUCUUAUCAUAGACAGCGCAAGAAAUCCUUUGAAAGGAAAAAGGUGGUGGACAGAGUCCGACGAGCCGUGGCAGACCUUAGCAGCAUGCAAAGAAAUAGAUAAUGCUCUCCAGUCUCCGAAUCCAGAAGAAUAUCUCACUGGAUUCCCUGUUCACCAGGACGGCAGUUGCAACGGACUGCAACAUUACGCCGCUCUUGGUAGAGAUCAGAUUGGAGCAGAAAGUGUGAACUUGUAUCCUUCGGACACACCACAGGACGUGUACAGCGUCGUCGUCGGUAUGGUCGAAGAAUUUAGGAAGAAGGAUGCUGAGAAUGGUGUCGAAAUAGCCAAAGUCUUGGAAGGGCAUAUUAGCAGGAAGGUUAUAAAGCAAACUAUAAUGACUACGGUAUAUGGUGUGACGAAAUUUGGCGCUAAGCUUCAGAUUACCAGACAACUGAGUGAUAUGAAAGAUUUCCCUCAAGAGUACAUUUGGAAUGGCAGUAUGUAUUUGGUUCAACAAACAUUCAGAUCCCUACAAACUAUGUUCACAAGUGCGAAAGAGAUCCAGGAUUGGUUUACGGAUUGCGCUCGUGUCAUUUCGACACGGUGCAACCAAUACGUGCAAUGGGUGACGCCGUUAGGUCUGCCAGUCCUACAGCCAUACAACAAGCGUUUCAAGACGACUACUGCUACUAAUGUUUCUAAAAUACAGAAAAAACCGGACACUAUGAAGCAAAAGAACGCCUUUCCACCGAAUUUUAUUCACUCGUUGGAUUCUUGUCACAUGAUGCUCACGAGUUUGCAUUGCGAGCAGGCGGGCAUCACGUUUAUGUCAGUACACGAUUGCUUCUGGACACAUCCACAAUCUGUAGAAAUUAUGAGCAAGAUCUGUCGAGAGCAAUUUGUUGCGCUUCAUUGUGAACCUAUCCUCGAAGAUUUAUCUCAAUUUUUUCAUAAUAGAUAUGUAAAACACUUAAUGAACGACAGAAUCAUGAACCGAAAGGAGGACCUUUCAUUACAGGUAUUUAAAAAACUACCAACGAAGGGCAAAUUUGACAUCAAUAAAGUCUUGUCAUCUCAAUAUUUCUUCAGCUGAAAUUUAGCUAUAUUACUUUAUGUUUCAAAAAAAUUACAUUUCAAUGAGAAAUGUAGGAAAUGAGAAAGUGAAUCACAAGUAUCAAGGUGUAUUUUUGUAAAAAAACGAAACUUGAACUUAUAAGUGGUAACUGUUUAAAUAUAAAAACAAUCACCUUUGAUUCAGAUUCAUUGACCUUCUAUUUGAUCAAUUGAUUUAUUUAAAAGGCUUUAAAUACAUCUUUUAUCUCGAAUUAGAUUUAUCUCGAAUUAGAUUUUUAAUUAUAUUUGUAAACAAAUGUAAGAUAUCUAAACUUCUAAUUAGCUUCGAUACAGUACAUGUAUUAUGCAAAUAAAAUAUUCAAAUUGACAAAA